UUCGCGGACGCACACUAACAAGGAAGCAGCAGCUCUCAGCGGUGUUAGCGGUUUUUAAUCCUUUUAGGCUCUCAGGUCGUCGCCGCCGCUCAGUAGCAUGAAAAAUAUGCUAACCAUUAUUUCUAACGCGCUGUGUCGGAUCACUGGCAAGAAUGUGGCGGCCCAAACAGUGUCAGAGUUGCUGAUUGACCUGUCAGAGUACGUCUCUUUAACCUCACCGGCGGCUCCUGCCUUGGCAAAGACCCAGCGACAGCCACCCAAACCACCACCAGUCAGUACUAGAGCCUCUGCUGAGCAGUUAGUUAGCGCCCCGGCCGCUCCGCUAGCCUCACCAGGGGCCCGAGUCGUGGUGUCCCGCUCCUAUGCUGACUUCACCCCCCAGGCCACCUUUGACAUCAAGAAAUGCGAGGUGCACCGGCUGGAGGAGGGGCCUGCGGGGAAGGCGGAGCUGACGCGGGAGCAGGGCCUGCAGUAUUACCGCACCAUGCAGACCAUCCGCCGCAUGGAGCUGAGGGCCGACCAGCUCUACAAGCAGAAGAUCAUCAGGGGCUUCUGCCACCUGUAUGACGGACAGGAAGCUUGUGCCGUGGGCAUCGAGUCGGCCAUCAACCCGUCUGACCACCUGAUCACCGCCUACCGCUCCCACGGCUACACCUACACCCGCGGCGUGUCCGUCAAAGAGAUCCUGGCAGAGCUCACCGGUCGUAAAGGGGGUGUGGCCAAAGGCAAGGGAGGCUCCAUGCACAUGUACGCCCCGCAUUUCUAUGGAGGCAACGGCAUUGUGGGAGCGCAGAUUCCUUUAGGAGCAGGCAUCGCUCUGGCCUGCCAGUACCAAGGCAACAACCAGGUGUGUGUGACGCUGUAUGGAGACGGAGCCGCCAACCAGGGCCAGCUGUUCGAGUCAUUCAACAUGGCUGCCCUGUGGAAGCUGCCGUGCAUCUUCAUCUGUGAGAACAACAGGUACGGCAUGGGGACGUCGGUGGAGAGAGCGUCAGCCAGCACCGACUACUACAUGAGAGGAGACUUCAUACCAGGAAUCAGAGUGGACGGGAUGGACGUGCUGUGUGUCCGAGAGGCCACCAAGUUCGCCGCAGACCACUGCAGAGCCGGCAAGGGCCCCAUCGUCAUGGAGCUGCAAACAUACCGUUACCAUGGACACAGCAUGAGUGACCCCGGGGUCAGCUACCGCACGCGUGAGGAAAUCCAGGAAGUGCGCAGCAAGAGCGACCCCAUCUCACUGCUGAAGGAGCGCAUGCUGAGCAGCAACAUGGCCUCCGCAGAGGAAUUCAAAGUAAUCGACGUGGAGAUCCGCAAGGAGGUCGAGGAGGCGGCUCAGUUCGCCACGUCUGACCCGGAGCCGCCGCUGGAGGAACUCUGCAACCACAUUUUCUACAACGAAGCGCCCAUAGAGGUGCGCGGGACCAACCCCUGGUCCAAACUCAAAUCUGUCAGCUAGACACAGCGCCGCUCGCUCUCUCUCACGCACACACUCCUAAAUUCAACACCGCGCAAUAAACAGCUACAAGCCUCGGCAGCCGUCUGUUUAAACCAACUCCUCUGCCCUCGUCCAGCGUAGAUCUCAGCAGCAUUCCGCACCUUAUGGACUGAACUUUGACCCAAAGCUGUCAGUGUAAUUUAUAUAGAGUAUGUAUAGAUAUUUAAAUCACAUUUUGUGUCUGUUUGUCCUCCUGACACGGUGGGAUGAGGUUUUCCCAUCAACACUAACCCUUGUGAGUUUCCUGAAAGAUUUGUCACGCCGUAUCUGAAUUCAAAUUAUUUGUCACUUAUUUUGUCAUUUUAAGAGAGAGUUAAGGCAUUUUAUCUGACCUGUUCCUUGGUAUUUUAUUUUUGUAUAGAGUAUGGGUGGAUAGUGAAAGCCGUUGGAAAAUGUCAGAUGAUGUUAGCAGUCCUUGUGUGGUUUACACGCAUUAACCUGUGUUGAAAAAAAUGUGAUCUAUUUUCCCUUUAUAUUACAGUUGCGAUAUCCACAUGUUUACACUGGAUUUUCUUCCUUUUUUCCUGCUGAAAAUAUUUAAAAAAAAUAUUGGGAUUCGGCACAGCAACAGAACGCUGAAGCAAGCUGUUACACUUUUUUUCCCCUUUAAACAAAAACAGUUGCACCUUCUUGCAACGUAGAAGAAGGCAAUGCUGAAUAUUGCAAAAUGGAAACAAAAAAAAAGAUUGAUUUUAAAGCCAUUAUAGUAGUCAUGCACUUUUUUGAGCCUCUGAGUUUUCAGAAAUUUUUACAUGUGAAACGUUUCAGAAACAGCAGGAAAACUUCAGCGUUGUUUAGCUGGAAUGAAUACGCGGCAAGCUAAACAGUGUGAGUGGCAGUUCAACUGAUUUGUUUUUAUUGAGUUACUAUGUGAUCAUGUAUGAGAACUGAGAAGACUAUAGAGCAGUAUUGCCAGACACUAGUUUACCGGUUAAUUGCCAGCCUCAAGUCCAUCACACAUGCACAUUUAUGCACAUUUAUGUCAUUUUAUGUUCUUUCAGCGACUUGCAGUGGCAGAGCAGCAGACUUUAUAUUUUAUUUUUUUUAAAGUGAACCCCUCACAAUGACACUAACUCCCCAUAUUAACCAGCCAAUGUCACAAAUUUUCCAACUAAUCAGAAUUUUACAGCAUGUGAGGAGCUAAAAGUGAUGGUUACCUGCCAGAGAGGUUGGGAGUAAAAUCUAAAUCGAGUUGCGUUAUAAAAUAAUCAAAACAAGGCUGGUGAAUGUUGGAAUGAAGCAGCUCCUGUGAGCCGUGUGCUACAGAUCCGUUACCUGUUACAUUGAACCACUUUGUGUUUUUAAGGUAUUCGUGUUUUUCAGCGCACAUGAUAAGAGAAUCCUCGGCUCGGUGAAAACUCUGUUACCUGUAUUAAGAUGCACUUGGAGCUCGGGCUGAUCUCUGUGGCCAUGUCCGAACAAACUGUUGCACUUUGGGAAAAUCUCUGAGGGGAAAAAUGAAGAUGUGGAAGAGUUAAGAGCCGAAGCUCUGGAUUUUCUGUUCCCCUGUUUCUCGUACCUCUUUCCUUUUAUUUAAUAUUAAUAACGAUAAAAAAUGUCCACUGUGUUACCGACCAUGACCGUGUACAGAUGUGAAGCUUUCUUGGACUAUUUAUGUGUAAAUGAAGUAUCUGUAAGAUGAAAAGCUGUCAGACUGUUGCUGUAAGAUAAAUGCAGAAGUAAAGUUGGGAUGAAAUGUUA